CGAACAACUACCUUUGGGCAUCCAAUAGACAAAUUACUCUAUCAUGCCAGCUCCAGAGAACUCCACUGAACGAUCUCGGUCGGACAGUAUCGAAACCAUCCGUGACGAUAGUGUUGAUCACGACGGGGAUAGCACGGCGAGCAUUCGGACUGGUCAACCUCCCUCGUCGACUCUCAGUAAAAAAGGACCUCCGAGCACCAAAAUCAGCUACAGGGUUACCAAGCAGGUCGCCAGAGAGAAGCGAGCCGAGCUGGAAAAACUGCUUGCGAAGUUGAAGCAGGCCAAGGCUGAUGGCUCGAUAGAAUUCGCUUCUUUCACCUUCGAAUCAGGCGCUGACGACGAUCAUACUUGUGGUUCCUCCGUUGUCACCGAACGAGAGGGAAAGCCUUCCGGCCCCGGUGUCGGCAAGGAGACUGGUUACGCUCGCACCUAUCUGACUUUCGACGCCCACAAACAGCGAUUGGAAGAUGCGGCUCGAAAGCGAGAAUUCGAAGAUGGGGAAUUAUACUUCUCGGAUCACGGGAUCGAGCUGUUUUAUCCGAGUGAGGGGAAACUUGCAUGGCUCCUGACACUCAGCCAAGCGGAUCAGAACAAAGAUUGGGCUUCCAGGUUCGCAUUCGCUAAAGAGGCGAUGAGGAAGAACUUGCCGAAAGUGCUAGCAAGCGACAGAGUGAUGCAUGGAUGUGAUAAUGUAUACUACAGUACUGACGGAAUCAGAGAGAUGAUUGGAGAGAAAUAUACGAAGAUCUGUGAUAUCCACAUCGAUUUCCUGAUCAUCAACCUACUCAAGGAGGUCUACAAAGGGUUCGGCAUGCGAACGCUUCCGAUUUUCACCGAUCCAAAUGGCCAGCUCAGAUGUAGCAACGACAGAGAGACCCAAUAUCGAGACUGGUGA